AUGACACAACCUUCACCCUCCUCCGCCUUCUGUAUACAUGCUUCUUUGAUGAAACCAUUAUCUAACAUAUCAUUGAGCAAUAUUGGAUUUAGUCUCCAUAGCAGGCUUGAUUACCUCAAUGCCACUGUUUGCUUCUCAUUGGCCGCCAGAUCAUAUAAUGAUAAACUUGAAGCUUGGGAGCCUCUUGUUAAACCUGUUGAUGGUACUAAAAUGAUGUUAAUGCUCCAAGUGCUGCAUCUCAAUUACUUUUGCUGUCACAAUGACUUUUGCUGUAACUGGCUUGGUCACAGGUGCAGCCCAAAAUAUCCUUGUCUGUACACGAAGAACUGCAUCUUGGGGAGCACAUAUCUGCUCAUCUGGGACCUACAAUCCAUUUCUUCAAUUUAUGUCACUGUAGAAGCGUAUCUGUAUUUUGUGGAUAAUGGCAGAUUCUCUGUGGAUGGUGUGCUUUCCGAUAAUCCAGUGACUCCAUUAGCAGCUUUUAGAAAAGGAAAGCCUUUAAUUAUCUCAUUUGAAGGAGCAAUUGGGGAGUUUCCAGGGUGUAGCGAUUCAACAUACAGAGGCUUGUGCAAGCAGCAGUAA